UUUGUCCGAAACUUUCAGCACUCGUUUUCUUAGCGCAUUUCCAGACGGGAGAACGAAAUCUCCCCGGGGGUUCGGGAGCCGGAGGAAGGAAGGUCCAAGCAGUUCUUCUUCGCAAAAACCCUGUUUCAUCGGUCUCCCGAAACGCUUAAUCUAAUAAUUCUCCGGGGUGGAUGGAGCUGGUGGGGCUGGCAGUUCGGAAGUGUUUACUAGGGCUUGGAUCGAUCUCCGGCGUCGUCGAAUCAUAUGACACUUCUUCCGGUUAUUUCAAUAUCCUCUAUGAUGACGGAACUUCUGAGGAUGUCGAUAUAAACGAGAUUGCUUUGAUCCUUAGGGAAAUGGGUCACGAGCCUUCUCGUGCGGGGGCACUUCUGCACCGGAGAGGUCGUGGCCGGCCGCGAAAGAAACGUUAUCGCCUUGAUCCGGUAGAGGGGCAUGUCGUGGACGGGGUACCUGCUGACGCUAGGGCGAAUGGUUUCUGUACAGGUAGUUCUUGGUUGGGUAGUAUGUUUCACUCGGAUGAAUUGGGGGGUAAUGCGGCGCACGAUUCUGAUGGAGGGAUGGAUAGGAGUUCGGUGGAUCAUUUGAAAGAAAGCGGGUCUCUGGGAGGUUCCGAUGUUGCAGAUGCCCUCAUGGAGGAAAUUUCACCCGAUAACUGCAGUGCCAGGGAAAAGCGCGAUGAAGAUUUAGGCGGUGAAGGAGUUUUGGUUGAUUUGGAUAGUAAAGAUGAGGGAGGCAUGAGGAAAAGGAGAAAAUUUUCUGGACAACCGAAACCCUCUCCCGAUAUGCCUCUGCGGAGGAGCGCUCGUAGAGCAAGCACUGUUCUGCAGUCUCCUCCCGAUGCUCUUGGUUGCAAGAAUGAACCGGUCUUUGAAAAUAGUGCGAGGAACGGCAAAAUUUUCGAAACUGGUACGGAUGAUUCCAAGCCCGUUUUACCGCCUUCAUCCAGUGACCUGGAUGUGGAUGGCCUUCCUGUCCUUGAUCUCUUCUCUGUUUACUCUUGUUUAAGGUCUUUCAGUAGGUCCCUAUUUCUGAGUCCUUUCCGUUUGGAAACACUUGUGGCGGCAUUGAGGUGCAAAUAUGCUAACCCUUUGAUUGAUUCCAUUCACUUCUCUCUUUUGCACGCUCUCAAACCUCAUAUGAAGCUUCUUAUGGAGGAGGAAUUUCAGCCAGCAAUUGAUUGCCUUAGGAAUCUUAACUGGGAUAUGUUAGAUUUAGUUACGUGGCCUUUCUUUCUGGUUGAGUAUAUGCUAUUUUGUGGUUCUGCGAUGAGGUCUGACUUCAAGCUUUCUCAUUUGAAGCUCUUGGAUGUUGAAUACUAUGAACAACCAGCUGAAGUGAAACUUGAGAUUCUUCAUUGUUUAUGUGAUGAUGUUGUUGAGGUAGAAUGCUUGAGGUCUGAGCUUAACAGAAGACUGACAGAUUUAGAACUCACCGUAGAUCCUAACAUUAAUAUGAAUUCUUCGAGGACACAAAAAUAUUCAGCAAUGCAUGACGGAGAAAAUUACAUAGCUCAAGAGGAAAUUGAUGAAAUUGCUGAUGGAAAUUGUGAUGAAUGUUGUCUCUGUAGGAUGGAUGGCAAUUUGAUAUGCUGUGAUGGUUGUCCUGCUGCUUUUCAUUCUAGAUGCGUGGGGGUGGUGAAAGAUCUUUUACCCGAGGGCGAGUGGUAUUGCCCAGAAUGCUUGGUAGAUAAUGAUGUGGUGGUUAGUUUUUUGAUGCCAUUCAAAGGGGCUGAUUCUUUUGGAAGAGAUUCUCAUGGACGACUAUAUUCUGGUUGCUGUGGUUAUUUGUUAGUGUCUGAUUCAUGCGAUUCCAAUGCUUUAUGUCGUUAUUACAACAAGAAUGAUUUAAUUUCUGUUAUGGAUGUCUUGAAAUCAGAACCUUCUCCUUUUGACGAAAUUAGAAAUGCAAUAUCUAGAUAUUGGGGAAUUCCUACUGAAUACUCUUGUUCCAAGGGCCAAUGUGAAGGUGAAAUUCAUAAUAUAAGUGAGAUCAAAGCUGAGAAAAUCCAGGGGAAACCACCAUCUUUUUCAGAGGAAAAUCAUGGUUGCGAUAGCUGCAUUCGAGUAGGAUUGGGGAGCACUGCUCCUGUGAUUGAAAAUUGUGAUAUUUCAUAUUCAAUUCAGCCAAGCUCAGGAAUCUCCAUCCAACGUGAGGAAAUGUCCAGUUUACCUGCUAUUUUUGAACCAGUUGGUGAUAAGUCGGAUGCCACUUCUUUUUCCCACACUUAUCUGCUACAUGGCUUUGAUUUUUCUAUGAAUUAUACUAUAAACCGAGCAGGAGUUGCAUCGGUAAAACCAAAUAGCCAAACUAUAGACAAGGAUGAAAACUUUCAGAACCCUGUAUGGAAUAGUACUUCUGAGAAGAAGAAAGGUGGCGCUUCUCAGCUGCAAUCUAAUCAUUUAAGUUAUGUCAACUAUUAUAGUUUUGGUCAGGUUGCUGCAGCUAUAGCUGAAGAGUUCACCAAAUCUUCAGAGAUCAUUAGUAAAGAUUCCUUGAAACCUGAUGAAGUUAUAAAAUCAGAUCAGCUGAAAGCCAUUUAUAAGAAAUUUACACAAUGGAGUUGGUAUAAUUAUUAUAAUCUAACGGUGGCAAUACAAAAGGAGGACUGUGGUUGGUGUUUGGCUUGUAGAAGCUCAAUUGAUGCUGAAUGCUUACUUAAAGUUGUUAAUGAGAAACAUCUAGAGAGCAUUAAGUUCAAUCUUGAAGAUUCAACUAGCCUUACAUGUGUGGACUCUGGAAAAAAUAAGAAAAACCACAUAAUUUUUGCUAUGCAUCUUAUUUUAUCGAUUGAAGAUCGUGUUCGCAGCCUUCUUUCGGGUCCAUGGGAGAAGCAGCAUUAUAGUGAACAAUGGCGUAAGGCUGUCAUCGAAGCUUAUGAUGUUACUUCCCUUAAAUUCCUGCUUCUUUCUUUAGAAUCCAAUUUGAGGCGUGUUGCUCUCUUAGCUGAAUGGCUGAAACCAGUGGAUUCCGACCAGACGGUUGGUUCUGCUUCUUUUAAAUUGACAGGUCCAGUUCGUACAUCCAAAUAUAUAACACAUGAUAAUAAUUUUGAUAAUGGUGGUAAAUGUGAUUUUGCCCCUUGUUUAGACUUUCACUGGUGGAGGGGUGGGAAACUAUCACGGCAGUUGUUUUGCUGGAAGAUGCUGCCUCGAUCAUUGGCUUCCAAGUGUGGUCGUCAAGCUGGGCGUAAGAAGAUUCCAAACUUAUUUUACCAUGAUGGUUCAGAGUUUGCAAAGAGAAGCAAAAGUAUUUCAUGGCGAGUUGCUGUUGAGAUGUCUGAAAGUAUUGCCCAGCUCAUAUAUCAGGUAAAAGAUUUGGACUCAAACAUAAAAUGGACAGAAAUUUUAAGCACUCACCUUUUUCCUCAGUGCACAAAAGAGUCUACGAAAAUAGAAAAGCUAUUUAAGCAGGUACUGGUGCGGAGGAAGUGUGUUGAAGGAACAGAAGUAAAAUAUCUUCUUGAUUUUGGCAAGAGGGAGACAAUUCCUGCAACUGUUACCAAGUAUGGGGUAUUAUUUGAGGAAAGCUCUGAUAAGAGGAAAAGAUUUUGGUUGAGUGAACCUUAUGUUCCACUGAAUUUAAUUAGUGCUUUUGAGGAGAAGAAGUUAUCUCGCUCAUCCAAGAAAAAAGAUUCUGGACAAACUUGUGAAAAGAGAAAUACAUUUACGAUGAAGAAAAACAGAAAAUUCAAAGGACUUUCCUACCUUUUUUCAAGGGUGAGGAACUCUGAAAAGCAUUGCUGUGGCCACUGCAACAUGGAUGUUCUAGUCAGGGAGGCCGUGAACUGCCGCAGUUGUGAUGGGUUUUUUCACAGAAAACAUUUCAGGGUGCCAAAAGGUGCGACUGUGACUACCUACACUUGUUCUAAAUGCAAGGAGAAAGAAACUGCAAAUGUAAAACCUACAACUCAUAAAGCAGCUGGCUUGAAAAGAAAGGCUUCCAUGGCUAGGAAGGGAAAACCGGUCUCCAUGUCUAAGAAGUCAACGGAAAAUGGGGCUUCUCUGGGUGAGAAAUCAAAGGAAAAUAUGGUUUUCUUGAUUAAGAAGUCAAAAGAAAACAAACUUAUUAUUUCUAAGACGAUCUCUUUGGCCAAGUCAAGGGAAAACCAACAAUCCAUGGCUAAGAAGUCAAAUGAGAAUUCUUUCUACAUGGCUGGAAGGUCAAGGGAAAAUAUAGUCUCUAUGGCAGUUCAGUGCAGGAAAAAUCCUGUCCGUAUGGUCCGGAAAUUGAAACAAAAUGCAAUCUCCAUAGCUAAAAAAUCAAAAUUAAGUCGUACAAAAUCUAAAACAAAAAAUGCUAUAAUGAAAAGAAAAAAGAAAAUAGUUCGAAGAAAGGGACAAAGUAUUUCAUCUAAAAAUGCAGAAUCCUUGAAAUCGGAUAAUUUUAUAAGCUGGUGCAAGAAGAAGAGAUCUGUUCUGCAUCAUUCCUAUUGGUUAAAUGGCCUUCUAUGGGUAAAGGGGCCUUCAAAUGAAAGAGGAAGGUCUUUCAGAGAAAGGAAGGUUUUCUUUCGGAUUCAAUCUGCAGAAGACGUCUCUGCAAAACCCAAGUGUUGUCUUUGCCGUGAAGAUUACAAUACUGGAGAUUUUUUUAUUGGUUGUGAAAACUGUGAAGAUUGGUUCCAUGGUGAGGCCUUUGGCCUUGAGCUCGAGAGAGCCAGCAAUCUGGCUGGGUUUAAAUGUCCUAAAUGCCGCAGGAGAAAUGUUCCAGUGUGCCCAUUUUCACUAGAUCCAACGAGCUGUGAUGUUAGGAUAAGAAAGGGUUGCAAUGUUGCUGGUGAGACUGUGGAUGUUCAGCAAAAAAAAUGCGAAGGAAAGUCGCAAUGUGCUGCUUGUGAAUAUUGCCUUGAUUUAGUUCCUUGUGAAAUUCAUUCAGAGAUGAAAAGAGAAGUUGUCCCUUCACAUUGUCAAGAUGAAAUUGUCUUGUCCGAUGAAAUUAUUUCAGACUGGUCUAGCACUGUGAAUCCACCUGGGCAUGAAGAAGAAAAUUUUGUACUUCCCAAUGACGAGAGUGUACUUAAAAUAAGAUUGAAAUCAUGUAGUAUAGAUGAGAGUAUGAAAAGGACAUCAAGGUCCCCCAAAGAGCUUUUAUCUGGACUUGAUCUCUUUCAGAGCCACACCUAGAAGACAAUGUUUUCAGCAUGCCUCAUUAAUUAUGAAGAGAGAUUAAUAUGUACAUGCAUGAUUAUUCCGUUGUUAAAUAUCCAACUUUUGGUAAUGGAAGAUCUGAACAGUUAAUCCGCUCGAUAUUUCGAGCUUCUAGGUCGGGUCACGACGAGAUUGGUAUCCGAGCGAUGGUCACAUUGCUGCUCAUUUCUUAGGCACAACUUUUAUCUGUAAAUACUAUUUGGUUUUGUUCUGUAACACACUUCUCCUGUCAUCAAUGUCAAAUUAGAAAUGAACCAUCAGCAUGAAUUGUAUGCUGGCAUUUAGAGAAUUAGAAAUGAUUGUUAGAAGUUUGACCAAUUAAAGAUUUGAUUGUAUUCCUACAACAUUUAAACUUUUUAAAUUUGAAAUCGGGCAUCUCCCCCCAUUAAGUUGGAGCACACUUUAUUGA